AGCAACUGUUAUUGUUUCAUCGUCGACGUCCCAUCCUCAUCGAGUCGUUUGAUACAUUGAUACCUUGCUUUGAACGAUACGUUAUCGGUACAGAGAGCAGCUUGACUAUCGCUCCUCUGAUAUCGACCAUGCUCAUGGCGGUGUAGUAUCGUCGAUUGCCUACGAUUGAUUGGACUCGCAUUCCAGGAUUGUCUUGGCAUUCGCCUCUCUCCCUUCAAAGUUGGGCUCCGUGAAUGAUCUUUCGACAUUGAACGACCUUGACAGGCAGAGAGGGACGUUGUCGUGCAUCGGAACCUACCGCAAGGGACGAAUCUCGCCCUCGCCCUCAGGGCUGUCUGUAGACCGCGCGCUGAGUGUAGACUCGGACGUCCACUAAGCGUCAACAUGGACCGAGGUGAUGCUUCAACGCCUAACCGGACUCCUAUCUCUCAUCCGUAUCCUCCUUCCUAUCGAUCUCGAAUAUCAACACCGGAGUCAUAUCAUCAUUCGACUUUUGGGUCAUCACCUGCAUCAUCAUCAUCUAGACCUGUGCUGCCUGCUCCAGCAGAUUACCAUCCAGAUGCUCGUGGAUACCAAGAGGAUUCGCGAGGCGGUGCUGUAGGAGAUUCAUACAAUUCUCCGCUCAGGCAACCAAGCACUCCAAACUACUCCCGACCACAACGCCAGACGAUGCAACAGACCCAAUACAGCGUUUAUUCUUCUCCAUUCCCAGAUGAGACUGCCAGGAUGGCCCCGUCUCCUGAUCCGGGAGCCAUGGCAACUCAACCGGCGGAACCGUUGGCAGGAGGACACAAACGAUCUAAUUCUGUCCGCUCGAUGCAUUCCGUCAACUCUAUUGCUUCGACUCAUCCGGCCCUCAAGUGGCUUAUCGGGAAUCGCAAGGCGAUGAAGAACAGGGGUUAUCCGAAAGGCUGGACCAAAGAGGAUGAAGAUGCUGAACAGGAGUAUCUCAAGACGGGACUGUUUGACUGGAACGAGCUGAAGAGAUGGAGAUUCUGGAUCAGAAAAGAGUGGUGGUUCUACUACCUUUUAUGUAUACUGUUAGCGGUGCUCGUUGCUCUCAUGGCAAUUUAUCACGACGAGAUCGUGGAAUGGUUGCGACCCGUCGCAAAUUGGAUGAAGGAUUUACCUGCCGGCUGGGUAAUCCCAAUCGCAGUCCUUUUCGUUCUUUCCUUCCCUCCCCUGUUCGGGCACGAGAUCGUGGGUAUCCUCAUUGGAGUGGUGUGGGGCUUGUGGUUCGGGUUCGCUAUCAUGUCAGCCGGCACUCUCCUCGGUGAAAUUGGCAACUUUUACGCAUUCAAGUACUUGUUGCGGAAACGAGCAGAAAAAUACGAGAGAGACAAUGUCAAUUAUGCCUGUAUGGCUUAUGUCGUUCGAGAAGGCGGUUUCUUCUUCAUCUUCAUGGCUCGUCUGUCGGCUAUACCUGGCCACUUUACCACCGCAGUGUUCGCCACGUGUGGCAUGAACAUCUUGGUCUUCACUCUUGCUUGUAUCUUAUCUAUGCCUAAGCAGCUGAUCGUGGUGUACCUAGGUGUACUCUUUGAGCAGUCUGACGCUGGUACAAGAAGUCGGGUCAUCUCUGAUGUUGUCCUCGCCAUCGGCUUCGUCCUGACCAUAUGGUCCGCUUGGUACAUUUACAAGAAAAUGAAUGCGGCGAGAGUCUUUGUGUGGCGGAAGCAACGGAUGGAGAUGAAACGCAAAGCAGCCGCUGGACAGCUGGCCAGUGACGGGGAUCUCCCGUCUGCGGCAGGAGAGCAGGUGAAACGAAACUUGUUCCCGAUGACGGCCAGUCCACCUCGAGACGAAGAGGAGGCAGAAAUGAGAUUCCCAAUGAUCGACAGGCAUCAGUCGUAUCAGAGUCCUUAUAACAUCAAGUACCACCCGACAGACAACAUGUCCGUGUACGACGUCGAUGGUCCGUUGCAAAUCAAGCCGGAGUACGAACGCGACGUAGGAUAUGCGAGGGGUACACCGCCGUACGCCUCAACCGAGACGUUCCCCGAAGCUAGGCCUGUGGCUGCUCCUUCCAAUCUGAACAGACAACCGACAACCACGUCCGUGUAUCCAUCCGAUAGGCAGUCACUUCCACCGCCGACGAGUUUUCCAGUCGCGCAACCUCACGAAAGUCAAUAUUAUAGAUGAGCGGAACUCUGUAUCAAGGCCCCAGGUGGGCUCAGAGUGAUUUGUGGGGCUGCAUCUUGUAUACAGCGCUUCUCUGUAG